UCUGGCAGCGGCGGCGCGAGGGAACAAGCGAUGCAGGCACUAGCACGGACGGCGCGGGGGCUCUGGCCGCCGACGGCAGCGGUGGCGUACUACGGGCAACUUCAGCCGUCGCGGGGCAUCAUGGUACAGGUGCGGGACGGCAACCUGGAGCGCGCGCUCCAGGUGAUGGAGCGGAAGAUGCGGUCGAGCGGCAUCGAGAGGCUCAUCAAACGCCGGACGGAGCACCACGUCAAGAACUCGGAGAAGCGCGUGCUCGCCCACAAGGCGCUCAUGGCGCGCGUCCGUUCCCAGGAACUCGGCAAGAAGCUCCGCGAGAUCCUCAUCAAGAAGAUCAGGGGACAGUGAGAGCAUAUCCCAGUGGUCAUCAUUUCAGCAAGAUUCCACAGUACAACCAGGAGGUUUAGUUACUGCAAUUCCGCAUGGUCACUCCAUGCUGAACAUGUAAUCAAUCUCCAUGGUGAUUUCUUUUGUAAUUGAACUAGCGUUUUCCAAGUAUGGAUCUGUUUAGAGCAACUUGAUAGUGACUCAACUGAGUGCCGAUAAUCUUUUGCUGUUUUGGAUCAUGGCCAAGUGAAUGAAAACAUAAUCUUGGAACUUAGUUGUAAUAAACUUGGUGUCUUGCGUGCGUAACAAUACAGACCCUUCUGUCCCUGAUAGUUCUAUCCGUAUGGUAUGAUCCGCUCGUGACAAA